AAACGCUGGAAAACUUAAAAUUAGUGUACUUCAAAUCGAGUUUUCACUGUAUAUGUUAUUCCAUGUUGCUUGCAGCAUUCCAAAUUAUAAAUUAUAAAGUUCACACAUUAUGGUCAACAACAGCCAUAACAAUAGGAAAUCAUUUUACAGAGCCAUCCACCACAGCAACGCAGUUUGAGCUCUAGUCCAAAAGUCCACAGAGAUCUGGCGAAAAGGUUUUCUGCACAGACUGUAGCCCUUACUAACCACGAACCGAACGAAACAUAACAGCUUGCCAGCUGGGCUUAUCAAGGCUGUCAGUACAACGUAAACAAGACACGAUAUAGGUGCUAAAGACUUCCGGAACAAGCUCCGCCUCACCGCAGCAGACGCACCUAUAUCACCAUCUUUACUCUUGGUACCAGCACUUGAUUCGAUUACGUCAUCCAGUUUCUUGCGGCUCCAUGUGCCGCCCUUUUCCCCUCCCCAGCAAGAGCCGCAGAUACCAGCAGAACCACCCCCCACAACCGUCUGUCUGUCAAUAGAGAUAUCGCGAUACCUGACAAAAGCUGGUGGGAUUUGGCCCUGAGCGAGGUACAGCCCUUCUAGAGGGUAAAACAAGGACCUGGGGAAUAUGAGUGAUGACAAACCUUUUGUAUGCACUGCCCCUGGAUGUGGCCAGCGUUUUACUAAUGAGGACCAUUUGGCUGUACAUAAGCAUAAACAUGAGAUGACAUUAAAGUUUGGACCUGCUCGGAAUGACAGUGUAAUAGUUGCAGAUCAAACACCAACACCAACUCGUUUUUUAAAGAAUUGUGAAGAAGUUGGUUUGUUUAAUGAACUAGCAAGUCCAUUUGAAACUGAUUUCAAAAAGGCCUCUGAUGAUGACAUAAAGAAGCUGCCCUUAGAUUUGUCUCCUCUUGUAACACCAGUUAUAAGGAGCAAAAUUGAGGAGCCGGUUAUAGUUGAAACAACACAUCAAGACAGUCCAAUACCUCACCCAGAGUCUACCACAAGUGAUGAAAAGGAGGUGCCAUUGCCUGCCGCACAACCAACACCUACCAUUGUACGUCCUGCGUCUCUUCAGGUUCCUAAUGUCCUGCUUACAAAUACAGAUUCAAGUGUCAUUAUUCAACCGGCAAUACCUUCACCAACAUCCAGCACUGUAAUCACGCAAGCCCCUCCCGCUAACAGACCAAUAGUACCAGUUCCAGCUCCUUUUCCUCUAUUGUUACAUCUUCCUAAUGGACAAACCAUGCCUGUUGCUAUUCCUGCCUCAAUCACAAAUUCCACUGUACACAUACCUGCUUCAGUCCCACUUGUUAGACCAGUCACCGUGGUGCCUACUAUUCCAGGGAUUCCAGGGCCUGCUUCCCCACAGCCUGCCCAGUCAGAGGCAAAACUGAGACUAAAAGCAGCUUUGACUCAGCAGCAGAAUCCUCAGGUAACAAAUGGUGAUGCAACAAAGGGACAAAGCAGUGGAACUGCAAGAAGUGAGCCAGAGGAAGUUCAGCCUCAGUCAUUGCAGCAGCCUGCAACAUCCACUACAGAAACACCGGCUUCCCCUGUUCCCCCCACUCCACAAACUCAAAGCACAGGGGGGCGCCGGAGAAAAGCAGCAAGCGAUGACCCAGAUGAAAAAAGGAGGAAGUUUUUAGAACGGAACCGUGCAGCUGCUUCCAGGUGCAGGCAGAAGCGAAAAGUUUGGGUGCAAUCCCUAGAGAAAAAAGCAGAGGACCUCAGUUCUUUCAAUGUGCAGCUACAGAAUGAAGUCACCCUGCUGAGAAAUGAAGUGGCGCAGCUGAAACAGCUUCUUCUGGCUCAUAAAGAUUGCCCUGUAACCGCCAUGCAGAAGAAAUCUGGCUAUCAUAAUGCUGAAAAAGAUGAGAGUUCAGAAGAUCUCUCAGUGCCUAGCAGCCCUCAGAUGGAAGCAAUCCAGCACAGCUCAGUCAGCACUUCCAAUGGAGUCAGCUCUACGUCUAUGGCAGAAGCAAUAGCUACAUCAGUUCUCACCCAGAUGGCAGACCACAGUACAGAACCAGCAGUCUCUCAAGUUGUAAUGGCUCCGCCUCCUGCCCAGUCAUCAGGAAGUUGAUUAACAUUUUUGUAGCACCAGGUCUUAGCAGUCACCAAUGACUUAAGUGGAAGGCCAAUCUUUAUUUUGAAGGUUGCAAAAGCCUAAAAAAACUUUUGUUUUGUUUCAAUUUAUGUUUUUAUUUUCACAAUAACCACUGAAGAGCAGGUCCUUCUCUUGUCCAGGAAGAUUAUUCUUUUUUGAAAAAAAAAAAAAAAAAAGUACUGGCUUCUUUCCCUAAACUUACAUGCUGUUCCAGUACUGCAGGAGACAAUGUAUGGCAACGUGAUACUCUUGUUUUGGGAGAUAUCACAGUGACCUAUUUCAAUCUCAUUUUUGAGGUUGUUCUAUGAAUGCAUUGUGACAUUUAUACCAAAGUUCUGCAUAGUCCCUUAUGAUCUUCUCGGCAAGGUCAUAAUGCACUAGGCGGGAGAGAAGAAAGAAAAGAUCUUUUUGCUUUUAAUAUUUUUGCCUUUAUUUUGCACAUUGGAAGGAGGAUCUUGGGGGAGAAUGUCAUAUAAUUAUAUAUAUAUGUUUUGUUUUAGUGCUGGACUCCACAAGUGUUUUUCGUUGGAUCUACUCCCGCCAUCAAAACGCAAGCGACAAGAUGCUGGCGCCAAGAUUCUAAUUAGACUGAAUGAAAAGUCACAGGUAAAAACUACAUUACAUACGACACGACUGUCGGAUGUGGAUGCAGAAAGCAGUGUCUUCAUCCGACAGUCGGAUCGUGUAGUUGUUACUAGGGAUCCAUCGAAUCCAUGAUUCGACCAGGAUUUGCAUUUUUUCAGCAGGAUUCUGUCAGGCCGAACCGACUCCUUAUUUGCAUAUUCAAAUAAGGGGUGGGGAGGGAAAUCAUGUGACUUUUUGUCACAAAAUAAGGAAGUAAAAAA